UCUCUCAUCAUGUCGGAAUCACCAAUGGCAGGCAUAGAUUUUGCACCGGCCACCGCUGAGGACUACGAGGAGCUGAUGUCUAUCUCAGGUGGUAUAUACAAAGGAAUGGACUAUCUGCCUUGCAAAUACCAUGAAUGGCUGAAGGAUCAUCGAAGACGCAUGUUUAUGGCCAGGAGUGAGGGGAAAAUAGUGGGCUUUGAGUCCUUCUUGCUGGUUGAUGGUGGUGAGACUGCUGUGGUGCAAGGUCUUCGCGUGGCCCCCUGGACGAGAGGAAAAGGUGUAGCCGGCAUCAUUGAGCGAUUUAUCUUAGGCAAACUUCAUUCUGAUCACCAGCACGUGAAAAGAGUCCGCUUGACCCGUUCAGAGAACCCUCCGCCGAGCUUGUUGACGAAGUACAAAGUCAUCCACUCCAAGGCCGUGCUGUCCGUGUCUCUUCCCUCUGGCCAGCUAGCGAAAGACAUCAAAUUGUUGGAGGCGCGUCUGGACAAUGUGGGACAGUUGAAUCAUUUCACUGUUCUGGAACCUGCUGAGGUGCUCCAACUCUUUAAUGGGGCGAAGACUGCAGAAGAUCUGCUUCCCGGGGGUCUCCUGCUCCAGGGGUGGCUUCCUCUUUCCACCCAGAGGUCCAAUUUAGAGAUGCUUUUUGAAAGGAAUUUCACUUGGAUCUACUCGCAACCACGAAAUAUGAGCGUCAGUGCAAACGGACAUCAAACUGACCAUGAAAACAAAGUGAGAGGAGGAUCACCACCCCUACCACCUUCUUCUACCGGGUUCCUCAGCCUUGGUACCCCAGCAUACCCGGUGCCUUAUGCAGAUGCCACAUACCGCUUCGACGUUGACAUGUUUGGAAUCGAUCCAGCAAGCGCUAAGAUGCAUGUGGUGGAGCAACUUAAGUUGUGUACACAGUCCCUGCCUGCUGGGAUCAGUCUAAUCUGCAUCAUGUUUGGGGAGGAGAGCCUGCGGACCGAACUCAAUCAACUGAUUGAGGGACUGGCACCAUUCUUUUUAGUGAAUGAACAGAUGCUGCUAGAAAUGGAGAUUUAA